GUCGCCGUUGCUGUCGUUGUCGUCGUCGUCGCCGUCGCACCGUUGUUGUUUUGUGUGCUUUACCAUUGCUGGCAUUCGUAUCUCGACUUUCAGAUAGAGCGCACGUCCGUUUCAUUUCGUGUUUUUUACGGGGCGUCUCGUUACGUGUGUGUGUUUGAGUGUGUUUAUUUUCUUUGCGUUCGUUGUUACAAACUUUGUUUAAUAUUACUACUACAACUACUGCUAUAUUUACUACGUCGUCGUCGUCGCCGUCUGUUGUUAUUUAGUUCUGUACAAUUUACGCGCCGAUUUUUGCUCGGAUUCGCCACGCUGCUUGCCACCUGUACAGCGUUCUCCCCUAGUGCCUCAGCAAUAUUUAUAACAAUAAUAAUAAUAAUUGGAAACGCUGUCAAUGCCGGCUUCAGUCGCGUUUUGUCUGGCAAAAUGGACGCGGCCGCCAUGGCCAUUGCAGUGGGCGGCAACUCUGGCCCUGGUAGCAGCAGCAGCAGUAGCGCCAGCAGCGGCUACGGCAGCGCAACGACGACGCCAACCACACCAGGAGCAGGCGGGGGAGGCGGGGGAGGGCAAUACGAGGGGGGCACGGCUUCGACGUCAAUGCCAAUGGCCACAAUUGCCACUGUGGCGCCCUUCUACAGCGAAGCGUUGACCAGCCUCGAUGCCCAGCACCGCUAUCAGCAGCAGCAGCAACAACAACAACAACAGCAGCAGCAGCAACAUCAGCAGCAGCAGCAGCAACAACAUUUCUAUCAUCAGAAUUACAACUACAAUUUGGAUGCGUACAAUUACAGUGCCUACAACUACAAUGGGCCACGCUACGAGAAGCUGGCGGCGGCAGCGACGAGUGCCAAGUACAACAUCAACAUCAACAGCAGCAACAGCAAUUCCCUUGGGAGCAACAGUCACAGCAACAGCCAGAGCAAUUCCCUCGGCAACUCGCUCGGCAGCAACUCGAGCAGCAACAAACCUCAAGCGGCGGCCACGCCCUUCUAUGCACAGCCACCGCCCACACAGCAAAUGUCCAUGUCGAUGCCGUUGCCGAUGGGCAACUACGCGACCAACAGCAAUCCCUACGAGGCGGCCUACAAAUACAAGUUGCCACAGCAACCGAGUCAACUCCAGAGUCAACAGCAAUAUCACAACCUGAGCAUGAUGACCCACAGCAUGUCACCUCACAAUCUAAGCAUGAGCAUGGGCAUGAACCUGGGCGCACACAAGCAGCAUCAGCAACAUGCGCAGCAGCAACACCAGCAACAUGCACAGCAGCAACACCAGCAACAUCAGCAUCAACACCAACAACAGCAGCAGGCGCUGCAACAGCAACAGUUGCCGCCUCUGGAGCCAAGCUAUGCGGCCAUCAAGCCAAGCAGUCGCUACCAGAACCUGGCGCCCGCUGUCUACGGCAGUCCAGGAGCAACUGCAGCGGGAACAGCAGCCACAGGGACAAAUGCUGGCUCGUCUGCGUACUACGACAAGUACGCCAUGUCGCUCUACUCCCCGAAUGGAGCUCCGCUCAGCUUUGGCGCCCCUGCCCCACUUUACAGUCCCCCUGAGUUGACAGCUGAGUCUGCGUAUCGCAAGUCGGCAACUGCCAGGGAAGCCAGUUGCCAUUGGAGCGUGGAUUAUCAAAGUGCGCCCAGCAAUGUGGGCAGCUCAGCGUUGCCUUAUGCCACAGCAGUUGCUGCGCCCAACACCGCAUCAGCAGCAGCAGCAGUGGCUGGCGCUGGGAAUGAGCUGUACUACAAGUACGACAAGUAUCCCGGCACAAAUCCCUAUCAGAGCAAUCACCUCGCUCAACCCUACGCUGCGCGUGGCAUGUGGCCCAAUCCCGCGGACAAUGCGCCGCCUCCUAAUGCCAGACAGAGCUGUUGCACUCAGCCCUUCCCACAGCAGAGUUGCUACUAUCCCCGCAGCAAUGGCUACAGCUCGGUGCCGCAAUAUCCCGCCAGCAAUGCGGGCCACAAGCUCAAGCAUCCGACGGAUCUCUACUAUGCAGAGGCAGCACAACGCAGUUAUGGCUAUGUGCAGCAGCCAGGGGGCGCCAACACAGCCACGAAUACGCCGCCCACGCUGCCCAACAGCAGUCAGCAGCAGCGCUAUGUGCAGCAGCUGAACAUGGGAGGCUUGGGUGCUGUUGGCCUCGAGGCGAACGUCAGCACCGCCUACUACAAUGAUCUCAGCAGCCUGGACAACCUGGGCUAUGCCGCUGCGCAGCAAUCGCAUCGUGCCCAACCCUAUCAGACGGGCGCCUCGCUCGAGUAUCAAUACCGAAAGCGUCCCUUGCCCGCAGCGGUGGCGCCUGCGCCCGCCUCGAACAGCGGAUAUUGCUUGGCUCAGUCGGCGCAGCCGCCUAUGAGCAAUCUCAGUAAUCUGGAGGCGCAUGUAGACAGCUAUGUGGGCUAUGAUCUGCACACUGCGGGAGCAGCUCCGCACUUUGCUCCCCAGGGACACAAGACACAAAACCCUCCGGGAGCUCCGAGCUCAAACAGCUCGAAUAUACGCGACUUUCUGGCCAGCUGGAAUGACGACGAGGAGGAACUGCCCACCGUCUGUCAGCUGCGUGGUGAAUCCGCAGUUGAGUUGCCACCUCAGGCGGUGGCAGUUGUGGCGCCAGUCGCUCCAGUUCCUCCUGCCCCCUCUAGCUUCAUGUAUGAGACUUUACCACCCGCGGGUCCGGCAGCCACUGCUGUCGUUGAACCGCAGGUGAGCGAGCUCAAUCUGCCCGAUAUUAUCAUCGAUCACCACGAAAAGGCGCACGUCGACGACUCUUUCGGCAGCUUCGAUGUGGAAAAGGAACUGGACGAACUGCGGCUUAAGAAGUCCGACGAACAGCAGACUGGAGAUAGCGAUGCGCUUGCUGCGAUACUGCGAGAUCCGGUUGUUGUGACCGAGGAGCCGCUGCCACUAGCUUUACCUCUACCUCUCACUAGUCCUAUUCCCAUUCCUACUACUCUCCCAGAGGCGGUGGCUGAACCUCAGCCCAGCAUCGAAUUUGAUCAGGGUACCAGCAACUCCAACGAGUCGACGUUCGAGAAGGAAUACGAGACAUUCAUACACAAGAUCGAGGACAGCGACAGCGAAACAGGGACGAAAACUACGGACAAUAGCGAGUCUGGGGAGCAUGCAAAGCGCUUCAAGUUCUACAAACGCAAGCGAAAGACAACGGAGCCUAACAACGAAAUUGCUGCCAAGGUAAAUUCACCAGCUCCCCCAAUUUUAAUGCCAACUGCCAAGGCUGCAGCUAGAGCCAGUCGCAAAUUGCUCGCUCGAAGACGUAGGAAUCGCAUCAAAAUGCUCAAGAUACUCGAGUUCGAGAGUCCCAAGAUCAAGCAUCGUUUUUACUUCCGCACGAUGAAGCAGCUGCGUCGCAAGUUCGCCCAAUCCUCGGUGCGGCAACAGCGAAUGCAGCGCAUGCGACGUCAGUUGGCACUGCGCAAGGAGCGUCGCCUGCCACUCAUCAAGCGACAGUCCGCCAUGCAGUAUGUGCAACAGCCGCAGCAGCAGCAACCUCAGCUGCAGAGCCCACCUAGUCUCAAGGGACUCAGUGCCUCUGCAGUUAGUGCCUCGGCGGAGACGUCCACAGGUCGCGAGACGGUCAUCAAGAGUGGCUUUGCAGUGCGAGAGAGUCUAGACUGCAAAUCACUUGAGUCAAAAACCCCACAGCAAGCAACAGAGAUGGAGACGGAGACAGCCGCAGUACUCGACCUAGAUAUGCACAGCGGAGACUCGAUUCACAGCUUGCAAUCUGUGGAAUUGCUGGGCAGCUUCAAGGGCUUCGACGAUGUGGAGAACAUCAAUCUAUCGCCCAAGGCUAAGCUGCGCGAGGAGUCGGAGGAAAUGAGACCCCAGCAGGCGAAGCAGCUGGAAAUCCAACGUUGGCUGCGCAACAGCAUGGAGGAUCUUUCCGCGGCAACCACCACAGCAGCCACAACAAUCAUUUGCCUCUCCUCGUCGUCGUCCUCUUCGUCAGCAUCCACGACCAGCUCCUCAUCGAGCAGCUCGUCGAGCGACGACUCCUCCAACUCAAGCAGCAGCAGCAACGAGGACAAGGCGGAGGCAGCGAGUAGUUCCAGCAGCAGCUGCUCGGGCGAGGAGAGCGACUUCAAUGAGUUGGCCGCAUUGCAAAAAGAGCUGGCAGUGGAGCCAAAGCCAAGCGCGGAGCUGCCAGCGAAUACAGCAUUGGAGCAGCAGGAAUCGCUUGAGAAGGUGUCCAACAACGAUAUUGCCAAGCUCAAGCAGAUACUCGAGAGUGACGGCGACGCCGAUGAGGAGGAGGCGAAAGCACCUCAACUGAGUCCCCCGAAAUCAGAUGCCGAGCAGCAGGUGGAGACCAGCAAAGUACCAAAGCUAAGUGACCUUAGUAAAAUUGCCUUAAAUAGUUCCUUAAAAAGUAGCGAGUUAGUCAUAAGAAACAGCGCCUGCUCCCCGAAGCCCAAGUCGGAGUCGCAACCCCAACGUGAGCUGAGCGUGGAGGAGGCAUUGGCUGAGAUGUAUCAGCAAAUUGGCGUCGCCUCCGAUCCCGAGGAUUGCGAGGCAGAGACCGAAGCUGAAACGCGCAAGAAUCUAGAAGAAUCUGCAGCUGGCGCAGAUGUGCUACUGAUAAAUCUUGCGGAGAUAUUCGACAACAACAGCAGCGAUCUCUAUGUGGUGCAGUGCGACAUGAACGAGAACAUUCUCGGUGUGGUCAACGGAGGUAGCGAGCAACAGCAUCAACAACAACAAGAGGAUCAGGCUGAUACACUACAACUAAUCGAGCUGCUCGCUGAACCCGAAGCCGAGUCCGAAAUGGAGGCAGAUGGAGCACAGUUCAUACACCACGAGGAAGUGGUCGAGGUGCCGUCGGAGAAGAGCAAAAGCGGAGAGCGGCGGAAAUUCCUCAAGUAUCUGCACUCGAAGUACGUGCAGAGCAACAUCAGUCGCUUCUAUCACGCCCAGCGAGUGCUCAAGAAGUAUAAGCGACGACGACCUAGUUUAGUGCACAAAAGUUUAGAGUCCAGGGUUCAGAGUGCAAGGGCCGAGGUCGUAGAUCGGGAAACCCGAUAGGUGGAAUUGCCAUCAAGAACGUUUAAGCCAGGCAAUCAACUGGUAAAUGAAUCACCGAAGAGCUCAGCGCUGGCGUGCCUAAUGGAUUUUAAAUUUGGAUUCAAAUUAUCCCCACACACACACACAUACACACAUUCCUGAAUACAGAAACACAGACACACAUUUCGAGAAUCUCAAAAGACUUGUUUAUGUACAUCAAAUUUUUUGGCAUUUUUAAUAUAUAUUUAGAUAAUAUGUAUAAAUUACGAUUACGUCGAGCAGAGAAUUAAAUUGUAAUUAGAAAGAGCAGUAGAACGAUAGUGAAAAAGAAAGAGAAGAGCAGAGAAUUAGUCUUAAAAAUCUAUUUUGUAGAUAUCCGUGCAAUAUUUACAUGCAAAUAUCGUGUUAAAACCCCCCAAAUCUAAUAUUGUUUUUGUUUCGAAUCUCGGCAUUUAGAUGCAGCAAGUGCAGUUAUUUUGUGGUGAACGCGGAGGGGGGCAAGAGGGAGGCAUAAACGCAAAAGUGACCCAUUACUCUAUGUAGAACAUUUAGUGGUGAUGUGAUUGUUGGGAGUACAAGUGUUUUAGCCGCACUCGCGUGCAAUUAGCUUUUAAACUGAGCGUAUAUGUCAUUUCAGUCAUAUAAAUACUUAUCUUCAUAUACUAUAUAUAGAGUUAUUUCACUCGUGAUACCCUCGAGAUACAAUUGACAGUCAAAUGGAAUAGCAGAAAAGUUGAAAAAGUUGAGACAAUAGCAGAGAGUAAAGUAAAAAUCUAGCAAAAACUCAUUGAAUGAUUUAAAAGAGCUGAAGCUGAUACAACAUAUCUUUCCUACAGGGUCUAAAGCAGUCUAGUACACUCUUCUUAUAAACAGAAUGAAGAAGCUGUCGACAAAAUGUAAGGAAAAAGUGGGAAUCUAUCAAAAACUUAUUACAAAUUGAACUUUGUAAUGCAUUAAUCUUGACUACAGGGUGCUUAAACAGUCGAGUGGAGUCGCUGCAAUGUUUAUCAGCAUUUUAGCGAACAAUUUGAAAGCACUUGUCAUCAGAGGUCAGACACAGAGCAAGGAAAACAGAUUGUUGCAGCCAUAGAUACACGAGAUACAUUCCCAGCUACAGAGACAGAUACAGAUACAUUACUGAUAGAUGUAGAGAUACAAAUAGUGAGAGAUACAAGUGUGUAUGUGAUUUUUGCGUGUCGCGCAGCUCACAAAUUGUCAACAUGAGCCACACUGUAAUUAUGACGACGAGGGUCAGCCCUUUUAUCAGACCACAUGAUGACCGUGGGCCACCCUACCUCCCUUCACCACGCCCCCUUCGUAAUGUGCGCCCACGCUAUCGCCUAGCCCUUGAUUCGCUGUUGAUGAUUAAACUACGUUUUUUGUUGUUUUUAAAUUUAAAUAGUUGAAUAGAGUUAGCUUAAGUUUUGCAACUGCCUUCGACAAAUUCACAUUUUGGGGAGCAGCAAAGUGCAGCCUAGACCAAAAAAAGAAACAAUUUAAAUAAAAAAGGACGAGCUGUUAGAUCUUAUUGUUGGAGACCUGUUAGCGUUCAGUUCUUAGUUCAAGACUUGUUUUGUUUUAUAGUGCAAUUUAUGUUAGGAGAGGGAAUAUACAAAAAUAGAAAAUUAAAUAAAAAUGUAGAUCCAUUAUUGGUUGGGCCUUACACACACACACACACUUAUUUACACACACUACUAUAUAUUUAUAGAGUUUUAGACAAUGGUUUGUUACAGUCCGAUAAUUCGAUUCGAAGAUUCGUUAGGCUGGACUGAUCCGAUACGCCAUGGUUUAGGUUUAUAUAAGACCGGGCAAACAAAACAUUGUCAAGGGCAGUGCCUGAACUACUAGUUGGCUAGUAGAUGGUUUAGGUUAACUUAUUAGACUAAUCAAGUGAGACCACCUAUAGCAAAAAUUGCAAAAUUGCAAAUAUAAAUUAAAUAAUAUACAAUUUACGAUGUCAUUUCUCUUGCAACACAUUCCAAAGGACCAAAAAAAACAAAAGAAAAACAAAAACAAAAUACACUUUUAGUAAACACACUA